AUGGCCCCACAGAGCUCUGAGGAUUGGGUAGUCGAAAUGGCAAAUGGUCGAAUGCCUGAAAGUCUAGCUGAAAUUGAAGAAAUGACCAAACAAAUGAACCAUAUGGGCUUGAAGGGUGCUUACAACCUAUCAUAUGUCUAUCCUGGAUCUCCUUUCACUCUUACCUCGAGACCCAAGCCGGAGGAAGUGCGUGAGAAGGCUAGAUCGUCGUCACAGAAAGUAUUGUCAGACUGGAACACACUACGAAAGAUUGUGGAGUUACAUGCUGACACAUCGGAGAAGCGUUGGAUCUAA